ACUUUGACUAUGGAAACAGAGGCUAUUGAUGGCUAUAUAACAUGUGACAAUGAGCUUUCACCUGAAAGGGAACACUCCAAUAUGGCAAUUGACCUCACCUCAAGCACACCCAAUGGACAGCAUACCUCACCGAGUCACAUGACAAGCACAAAUUCAGUAAAGCUAGAAAUGCAAAGUGAUGAAGAGCCUGACAGGAAACCCCUGAGUCGAGAAGGAGACAUCAGGGGCCAUGAUGAAGGUAGCAGCUUAGAAGAACCAAUUAUUGAGAGCAAUGAUGUGGCUGACAACAGAAAAGUCCAGGAGCUUCAAGGCGAGGGAGGAAUCCGGCUUCCGAAUGGUAAACUGAAAUGUGACGUCUGUGGCAUGGUUUGCAUUGGGCCCAAUGUGCUUAUGGUACAUAAAAGGAGUCACACUGGUGAGCGCCCCUUCCAUUGUAACCAGUGUGGAGCUUCUUUCACUCAGAAGGGCAACCUACUGAGACAUAUUAAGUUGCACUCUGGGGAAAAGCCGUUCAAAUGUCCCUUCUGCAGCUAUGCCUGUCGGAGAAGGGACGCCCUCACAGGACACCUCAGGACACACUCUGUGGGUAAACCUCACAAGUGCAACUACUGUGGACGGAGCUACAAGCAGCGCAGUUCACUAGAGGAACACAAGGAACGUUGCCACAAUUAUCUUCAGAAUGUCAGUAUGGAGGCUUCUGGGCAGGUCAUGAGUCACCAUGUACCUCCUAUGGAAGAUUGUAAGGAACAAGAGCCUGUGAUGGACAACAAUAUUUCUCUGGUGCCUUUUGAGAGACCUGCUGUCAUAGAGAAGCUGACAGGGAAUAUGGGAAAACGUAAAAGCUCCACCCCACAGAAGUUUGUGGGAGAGAAGCUCAUGAGAUUUGGCUACCCAGAUAUUCACUUUGAUAUGAACUUAACAUAUGAGAAAGAGGCUGAAUUGAUGCAGUCUCACAUGAUGGACCAAGCCAUCAACAAUGCAAUCACCUACCUUGGAGCUGAAGCACUUCACCCUCUGAUGCAGCACACACCAAACACAAUUGCAGAGGUCGCCCCAGUUAUCAGCUCAGCUUAUUCUCAGGUCUAUCAUCCUAAUAGGAUAGAAAGGCCCGUUAGCAGGGAAACCUCUGAUAGUCAUGAGAACAACAUGGAUGGCCCCAUUUCUCUAAUCAGACCAAAGAGUCGACCCCAGGAAAGAGAGGCCUCUCCCAGCCAUAGCUGCCUGGACUCUACUGACUCAGAAAGCAGCCAUGAUGAUCGCCAGUCCUACCAAGGAAACCCUGCCUUAAAUCCCAAGAGGAAGCAAAGCCCAACUUACAUGAAGGAGGAUGUCAAGGCUUUGGAUGCCACAAAGGCUUCUAAGGGCUCUCUGAAGGACAUCUACAAGGUCUUCAAUGGAGAGGGAGAACAAAUUAGAGCCUUCAAGUGUGAGCACUGCAGAGUCCUGUUCCUAGACCAUGUCAUGUACACAAUUCACAUGGGUUGUCAUGGCUAUCGGGACCCAUUAGAAUGCAACAUCUGUGGCUACCGAAGCCAGGACCGUUAUGAGUUCUCAUCACACAUUGUCCGAGGGGAGCACACAUUCCACUAGGCCUUUUUCUUUCCAAAGGGGACCCUUAUGAAGUAAAGAACUGCACAUGAAGAAAUACUGCACUUACA